AACUUCACCACCCUUUAUAUAAAUGCCUACACGCGCCGUAGAGGCCCAGAAAACUACUUGGAUCAUUUUGAGACAUUAUUAACCUCAGCUCCAAGAACAUUUCAAGCGUUACAUCACACUGACGAUCUGCGGACUUGCCGCAUUAAGAAGGUCCACACACCGCUGGACCCUGCGGACUUUCUCUCGAUUGAUCUCCGUGGGAAUUUCUACACUUUCCUCACAAGACGACAUGAAGAGGAUUAGAUUUCUCGGAGACCAUGGCGAUGGCAGCGGGUCCAAACGCCAACAAGUAAAGAAAGCUUGUGAUCCAUGCAGGAGAGGAAAACGGAAAUGUAGCCAUGGUAUUAGCAACGAGACCCCGGUGCAACAGGAGGGACCUGUCCAUCCUGUGGGUGAACAGCCGCCCGAAUCAUUCGACUCGAGAGAAAUUGAUAACGAUAAUCAGCAAGCUUUACCAUCUACACUAGCUUCAGGAUUCACAGCCCCCUUCGCUGGGGCCUCGUCAGCGCACUCCCUCUUCCUCUCUAUUUGCACGGCUUCAGGUGUAAAGAUGGACCCGGCACAGCAGCUCCCUCCAUCGCGUAUCCUCCGCCCUUCCUUCCAGGAUAUGAGGGCACCACCCUCCGAGCGGCGCCCGGGUGUCGCCGCGGGCUACUUACCAAUGGUGGUAAAAGCAGUAUUACCAUAUUUGGAAAUCGAAUGUCUCCAGGUUCUCCCUCCACAGCCAGAUCUUGAUGCCAUCAUAGAGAUAUAUAAGCACGAAGUCCACCCUAUCCUCCCCAUCGUCGACUUCAGCACUCAGGCAUUUACCAGCCCUGUCGAUCAAGAGAAUCCGGCCACCAUCAUAUUAAGGCAGGCUAUCUGUCUGGCCGCUUGCAAGAGCCCAUCGGCUAGACAGUACCUCAACCUUCCGGAGAUUGAAGAUGGGCAAUUCGCUCUCAAGACGCCACGUGAUUUUGCUGACAGACUCUUCGGCGUUCUAAAGAUAGCUCAAGAUAUCGGUCUCGUCGACGAUAGAUUAGAGCUCGUCCAGGUCCUCGCCUUAAUGACAUUUCACUCCUAUGGUCCAGAUGGCGACGACGAAGUUGCCCGAUUAUGCGGCCUAGCCGUCCAUUUUGCUUAUUCUUCCGGAUUACACUACUCCUCGCGGCCUGGAGACGUGAUUUCGGAAGCACGCCGUGUGGAGUUACUUUGCUCCCUGUUUGCGCUUGAUAAGAUCGUUGCCAUGAUAACCGGUCGGCCAACAAUGAUUCACAUUAACGAGAUAUAUUUACCAACACAAGACGACGAUAUAAUGACAUCGUUAUCUCCAGGUCUUACGUUACUAUUUCGUCUAUGUAAGAUGCUUAACCGUGUCCUAGACCUGUAUCAGGCGGGGUCGCCCGAUGAGAUAGCAAAAGAAAAUUGCGUUUGGGAAGCAUCGUGGCCCGAGUUUGAAGAGUUGGUAAAAGACUGCAAGGCUCAAAUCAUGCGUCCAUCCACGCAAGCAUGCCUAGAGCUACUGUAUAACGUUAUCGGCGUCAUAUCCUACCGUCCAGCCCAAAUCGAAACCAUCGAAGCUCGUAGCUCUGAAAGUACAUCGCCUCUGAUAAUGCAAAGCUCAAGAGUUAGACAUAAGUAUUGCGCUCAGCAAAUAUCAUCGCUUCUCGAUCUUCAUAUAUCGAAACUUCCCUUCAUCCCGUAUGCGGCAUCUCUGUCCCUGACAGUAGCUCUGCGCAGUUUAAGGCAUACUACACUGGAAACCACAAGGAAGGCGGCCAGGGAUGAUGUAGAGAGAAGUCUUAGGAUUCUCGACGAACUCGCGGAGAUAUAUUGGCAUGCGGAACAGGCGAGUGGAGUUGGCCGUCAAUUACUCCAGACCUAUGAUGGAGAUGUAUACUAAUAGCCCAGGUAUUAAACAUAUCUACCUUAGGUACCUAGGUACGUAGGUAAUAAUCAAAAUUUAGCUGCAUUUCUUUUUCUUUUUUUCUUUUUUCUUUUUUUUUAAAAAAAACAAAGGGGGGGUAAUAGGGGAAAUUCAGCGUAGCCCUAUGCAAGUCAGCGCUGGCACCUCAGAGGGGCCACUUCAGAAGAUGUAAC